AUGCCCGGCAGCGGCCUCAGCCAGUCCGGCAUCAGAGAGGGAGAGGCGGCUCAGCUCAGGCUGCACAAUGGCCUCCGCUGCCAGGGACAGCCUGUCAUCACCAAACACUACCGAACGGACAGACACACAAACAGGCGUGGCUUUCCCCUCCCUCCUCCUUUUCCUCCUCCCCUCUCCUUCCCACUCUCUUCCCCUCUUCUCCCACUCACCUCCCCUGUCUCUCCCCUCGGCCCCGCCCCCUGCCACAAUGCUGUGGUCACGCUGCUGGUGGAGAGCCUGAGGAAGCAGAUUCUGGAAGGUGACCCUGCUGAGCCAGGGGACUUCUACCUGUCUCACACCUGCAGCCUCACACCUGCAGCCUCACACCUGCAGCCUCACCUGCAGCCCCACACCUGCAACCCCACACCAGCAGCCUCACCUGCAGCCCCACACCUGCAGCCUCACACCUUCACCCCUACACCUUCACCCCUACACCUGCAACCUCACACCUGCAACCCCAAACCUGCAGCCACACCUGCAGCCUCAUCUGCAGCCUCACCUGCAGCCUCGCACCUGCAGCCUCACACCUGCAGCCUCACACCUUCACCCCUACACCUUCACCCCUACACCUGCAACCUCACAGCUGCAACCCCAAACCUGCAGCCACACCUGCAGCCUCACCUGCAGCCCCGCACCUGCAGUCUCACACAUGUAGUCUCACACCUGCAGCCACACAGCUGCAACCCCACACCUGCAGCCUCACACCUGCAGCCUCACACCUGCAGCCUCACACCUGCAGCCCCACACCUGCAGCCUCACACCUGCAGCCUCACACCUGCAGCCCCACACCUGCAGCCUCACACCUGCAGCCUCACACCUGCAGCCUCACACCUGCAGCCUCACCUGCAGCCCCACACCUGCAGCCUCACACCUGCAGCCUCACACCUGCAGCCUCACACCUGCAGCCUCACACCUGCAGCCCCACACCUGCAGCCUCACACCUGCAGCCUCACACCUGCAGCCCCACACCUGCAGCCUCACACCUGCAGCCUCACACCUGCAGCCUCACACCUGCAGCCCUACACCUGCAGCCUCACACCUGCAGCUGGGACACCUGCAGUCUGA